UUGAGAAUAAAGAAUAAAGAAAAUUCUUUAUUCUUUACUUUUCUAAGAACGUUCUUAGGUCGAUUCUUUAUCGGUAUUCACCAACGCUAUUUUUAGCGUUCUUUACUAAGAAUUAUUUGUUAUUGAUGUAAGCGACCUUGGUACCCGGCAUUUUCGUUAACGCAUAUAAAACUCGGAACCGUUUACGUGUCUUCUGUCACAACAUACAAGAUGGCGGACAACAACGCUAACGUUGCUACUAGUAGAAAUCGUUGGUCCGAACAGGAGGAAACUGUAAUAGCCCAGGAAAUAAUUAAAAACUAUGAUGUCCUGUUCGGCCCAAUGACCGGUUGUGGCGCACUCAAAAUUGGAGAGGUUCGAAGGAGAGGCUGGGAAGCCGUGGCAAAUGUUCUAAACUGCCAAUUUUCCACCUAUAAGCGCGCAGGUUCAGAGGUGAAGAAAAAAUACUAUAACAUGAAAGACAAAACAAAGACAAAAAAUGAUGAGAUGAGGAGGCCAGGCACUGGAGGAGGGCCCCGGGUGAAAGAGUUCACCAUUCCGGAGGGGAUUCUCCUUCAGCAUUUUGGGGAUUCCGCCUCUGUGGCAGGGGUCCCCAAUGCAAUUGACACUGAUGCUCCAGAGGGUGCUUCAAUCAACAUAAUUGAACUGGGCAAGAUGCCAAUAGAUGGUAGCACUUGCAUGACGUUCAAGAUAGAUGAAAGAGGACUAGGAGCUCAGAAGACGUCAAGUGUAUUCCAACGUGCAGUGGAAGAUGAAGCUGGGCCAUGCUCAUCAGGGACCAAGACCAAUACCAAAUCAAUGAAAAUGGCCAACAAAAACCAGAGUAAAAGAGCUAGGGCAAGUUUCAACAAAUUGGCUGAGGACAACCUAAUAGCAGAAAAGAAGAACAUCCAUCUGCAACAAGUAAAUCUAAGAUUGAAGAAUCAAUUGAUACUGGCACAACUGAAAGUUGCCAGAUUAACGGCACAAAAAAUUGAAGAAGAAAUUAAAAUGUUAAAAGCAAGCAAUGAAUGUUAACCCUUUACCACUUAGUUACGCAUUUUCACACAUUUAUAGUCCCUUAAAAAGUUAUAUUUAAUUUAAGACCUUUAUUACUAGAUUCAAGUUGUUAAGGCUUCAUAUCCAAACCUUAGAUACUGAUGAGCAGCAAACAGCAUAAAACCUGAACAGCCUGCGAGUUUCAGGCUGUUCUGGUUUUAUGCUAUUUGCCCAUAGCCAUUUUCACUUUGCUUCUAAGUGGGAAAGGGUUAAAUCUACAAUCUCAAAUGAUGCCAUCCAAAUUGUUAUUAUUGAUAUUUUUACACAAAGUUUUGAAGUUAUUUUUGAGUAGAUGGAUGUUCUUCUUUUCAUUAUUUAACCCAUUUAUGCCUAGCGUCUAGAAAAAAGGCCUUGGCAAACAGCGUAGACUCAGAUGGGACGCCACAUCAUGUGGCGUCUCAUCUGGGUCUACGCUGUUUUCUUAAUAGAUUUUUUGUAAGAAAUAUUAUAAAUAUAGAAAUAUAUAGGCUCAUAUUCACAAACAGUUCUUAUCCCCCGCCAGGGGCAGAGGGAUAUUGUUUAGGCGUUGUCCGUCCGGCCGGCUGUCCAUCCGGCACUUUUGUGUCCGGAGCCAUAUCUUGGAAGUGCUUUGGCGGAUUUCAUUGAAACUCGGUAUGAGUAUAUAUAUGGAAAAGAGGAUGAUGCUUGCCAUUGAAUGAUAACUCAAGAACUCAUACGCCUAGGAUCAUGAAACUUCAUGGGUAGAUUGAUCAUGACUUGCAGAUCACCCCUAUCGAUUUUGAAGUCACUAGGUCAAAGGUCAAUGUCACGGUGACCCGAAAUAGUAAAAUGGUUUUCGGAUGAUAACUCAAGAACGCAUACGCCUAGGAUCAUGAAACUUCAUAGGUAGAUUGAACAUGACUUGCAGAUGACCCCUAUUGAUUUUGAGGUCAAAAGGUCAAGGUCACGGUGACCCGAAAUAGUAAAAUGAUUUUCGCAUGAUAACUCAAGAACGCUUUUGCCUAGGAUCAUGACACUUCAUAGGUAAAUUGAUAGUGACUCGCAGAUGACCCCUAUUGAUUUUCAGGUCACUAGGUCAAAGUCACAGUGACAGAAAUCGUAUUCACACAAUGGCUGCCACUACAAUGGACAGCCCAUAUGGGGGGCAUGCAUGUUUUACAAACAGCCCUUGUUAAUAUAAAUUUGUCAUUUUACUUGAGAAGAUGAAUGUUAUUCUUACUUAAAUAGAUGGAUGUUAUUCUUUUCAUUAUUUGUUUAAAUUGUAAAAACCUGUUGACUAAGUGUUGUCUUACAAUGUUACCAACAUGGUAUCCAUAUAUGUCAACAUUUUAUACAGUAAUAUAUGUCACUGCUGUUGCCAAUAUUCAAAUAGCUUACUAUCUAUAAGUGUAUUUGUUUGAAUUAUUGCUGGUAUCAGCCAUUCGUGUACCUUAUUAGACAAUUAUGUUUGUAAACUACCAUUUCUGUUGUUCUCUUGUUUAAUUAAAUAUAACUAUUUGCAGUAACAAUAAAUUGCUGUGGAUAUUUGUUAGUAAAAAUAUCUUGUUUGUACUGUAAUUGCAUUUUCUGUUAGUGAUUAUCUAGUACUACAUAUUUCACAGAUUUUCUGGAUGUUUUAUUCAUAAUAAAUUUCAGAAUAUCACAACUUAA